CAAAAAAACAGAGAGACCUCAGUUGCAGAAAUGAAGAAAGCUGAGCUAGUCUUCAUACCAGCACCUGGUAUAAGCCACCUUAUGUCCACAGUAGAGGUAGCAAAGCUGCUUCUAGACCGUGAUGAGAGGCUUUCAAUCACCUUCCUCAUCAUAAGCCUAAGUUAUGACUCAAAGACUGCUUGCUAUAUUGAUUCAUUGAGUGCAACCUGCAAUCGUAUCCGGUUCAUUAAGUUGCCUGAAGAUGAGCCUGAACCCAACACGUUUCUCUUUUCUUUGAUUGGAACCCAGAAACGCCAUGUCAAAGAAGAAGUCUCUAAGCUUGUGAUUCAGUCCAAGUUAAGCCCUGACUCGCCUACACUUGCUGGGUUUGUUCUUGAUUUUUUUUGUACAUCAAUGAUAGACGUGGCCAUUGAAUUUGGUGUUCCCUCCUAUAUUUUCUUGACGACAGGUGCAGCUUAUCUUGGCCUGCAGUUUUAUAUUCAGGCUCUUCAUGAUGAGCAGAGAGUUGACGCUACUCAGUUCAAGGACUCCAAUGCUGAGUUGGUCACGCCUUGUUUGGCGUACCCGCUUCCUGCUAAGGCCCUGCCUUCUGCUGUACUCAACAAAGAGUGGCUGCCUGCUUUCCUUGAUCAAGCAAGAAGGUUUAGGGAAACUAAGGGUAUUAUAGUAAACACAUUUGAAGAGCUGGAAUCUCAUGCGAUCAACUCGUUUUCUAAUGGUAAUACCCCUCCCGUGUAUCCAGUGGGUCCCAUUUUGAACCUUAAUAGAGAUGGCGAUCAUGAUGUGGAGUCUGAUAAACGCAAAGAUAUCAAGCAAUGGCUUGAUGAUCAGCCCCUCUCCUCAGUAGUGUAUCUAUGCUUCGGGAGCAUGGGGAGUUUCGGAGUGGAUCAGGUGAAGGAAAUUGCAUGUGGGCUAGAGCAGAGUGGGCAUCGAUUCUUGUGGUCUCUACGUAAACCACAACCGAAGGGUAAGAUGGAAAUUCCGAGCGAUUACACUAAUCCUCAAGAUGUCUUGCCCGAAGGGUUUUUGGAUAGGACGGCUAAGAUUGGAAAAAUAAUUGGAUGGAGCCCCCAGAUCGAUAUUUUAUCCCAUCCAUCUGUAGGAGGGUUCGUGUCACACUGUGGAUGGAACUCUAUAUUGGAAAGCAUAUGGUUUGGCGUUCCAAUUGCCGCGUGGCCAUUACAGGCAGAGCAACAACUUAAUGCUUUUCAAAUAAUUGUGGAGUUCGGGUUCGGAGUGGAGAUUAAAAUGGAUUAUAGAAGAGAAUUUUUCUAUGAUGAUAAUGAAAAUAUUAUUAGUGCUGGGGAAAUAGAGAGAGGAAUAAGGUGUUUGAUGGAGCUUGGCAAGGAGAAGGUGGAGAGGUUGAAGGAAAUGAGUGCAAAGAGUAGGAAGGCUUUGAUGGAAGGUGGAUCUUCAUACACUUGGCUAGGGCAAUUGAUUCAUGAAAUGGUGGACAACAUUCCAUGAACAAAAUGUAAUUUCUCUUUGCAUCAUCUAGGAAUCGACAAUUCCUUUACCAUGUUUGUUUCUGUAUUGUAAUUUCUCUCUGUUGAACUAUAUUUUGUCUUUCUUUAA